UCUUGAAUUGCGGCAAGCUGUAGCGAAGCAAGGACGGGAGUGAGUGAAUUCAAAGCACAAAAUAUCAAUCAAUCAAUUGCCCCAAUUUGAUUUAUAGGAAGGAAUUAAUUAAUCAAUGGCUAGCAGUAAGCAUAGAGGAAGACGAGAAGAAGAGCAGCUGGAGAAAAUGGCAGAGUUAAGCAAAACCCUAAAAGAAGGAGAGAGAAUUGUAGCUCCCACCCGACGACCCGAUGGCACUCUUCGAAAACCCAUCCGGAUUCGCGCUGGAUAUGUACCCCAAGAUGAAGUCGCCAUCUACCAAUCCAAAGGCGCCCUGUUGAAAAAGGAGAUGCAAUCUCAAGUAGUGCCUCCAGGUUAUGACCCAGAUCUGGAUGUAAAACACAAGACAAAAUCAGUAAAGAGGAAUGAACGAAAGAAAGAGAAGAGGUUACAGCAGGCUGCUCUUGAAAAGAGGAAAAACUUGGAAGCAAUGGCAGUUGGCAAUUUGAAAAAUGAAGAACCUGCUGAAGGUGUCAGCGACACUUCAGAAUCAGUCAAGUCAUUGACAUCUCAAAUGAAUGAGCUAGCUGUUUCUGUGAAUUCUGUUCUUAGUACUCCAGCAGACUUGACUGAGGCUUCAGAUCCAUGUGCUUCAUCUCAAGAUAUUGAUAAAAGAAUUCGAGCACUUAAAAAGAAGAUUCGAAUAGCAGAAGGCCAGCUGCACAAAACUGCACCAGAGGAUAUGAAGCCAGAGCAGUUGGAGAAGUUGGCAAAACUGGAAAGCUGGCGCCAGGAGCUAAAGCUUUUAGAGCCUAAAAAGGCUGAACAGGCAUCUUCUUGAAUAGUGAACUGUGUAGUUUUUCAUUUAUUUUUCGAUGAAGCUGUAAACUCUGCAUUUUAGGCUCAAGAUUCUUUGUCAAGAUUUACCAAACUACGGUUCUUGAGUUUUGCGUAUAAAAAAACUUAGAUUUCAUUUUUA